AGUUCUUUUUCAAACGGUUCCGAGUUAAUGUCACGGACGGGCGUCUUCAGUGGGGGGAACACUCUGCAUUGGCUGUCUUGUGGUACCUGUCGUUGCGAUAGAGUUACGCAGCGCGCUCCUGCGGGACGUCGGGAGCAGUUGAACCAGUAGCCGCGCAUUAGUUGGCGAGUAGCACGCCUUAAGUGAAGACAAGAAAAGUGCGAUCGGUGCCGGUGUAAAGUGGAAACCAUAAUUAAGGCGGUCACCUCUUAUGGGAGUGCCUACAACAGUGAAACUGAGAAGCGGUUACGAAGAUUCGGUUAGCAUGUAUGCAAGUCCCGCGAUUGAUUGAAAUAUUUAUCCAAUUGUUAAUGGUGGUCCAAACAAAUUAAUCGGCGAAGUGCAAGGAAAAAUGAAGCUACUGUUAGGAUGCCUUAGUGGAUUAGUUGUGCUUACCACAGCGGUAUCCACUGAAGGGACGGAAGUCAAAGAAGAUCUGGAUGAUUCAGAGAUCGUUGAAGCUAGUCAGCUUAUGCCGAGGCAACCGCGACACAUUUGGCUCAGAGCACAGACUACCACAUGGACUCAGGCUCUUGGCGACGGAAGCCCUUGUUUAACAUCGAAAGGGCAUCUUGGCUUUUGCACGUCAUUCAGGAAAUGCUAUCCAUACUUCAAAGUUCCAGAUUUGAGUGUGUGGGAAUCGUGGGUAUUGGGGAAUUACGAUACUUGUAGUUACUUCAACGAUCAGGGUAGACAAGCAUUUGGAGUGUGUUGUACCAAUCCAAUAACACCGCUGCCACCCACGGAAACAUCCACCGAAUCAGCGGCUGCACCACCCGUGGUAGGCAGUGGAAAUGAAAUCAUCGGCGAUAAUCAGAAGAAACCUCCGAAAGACAACAACUAUCCAAGCUGGCCCCCUCCGGUCCCAACUCAUCCUCCUGACCAUACCGCAGCCACCCAUCCACCUUCCUUCACGUCAACCGUUGCUUCGCAGGUAACCGAAGCUACGACGAAACCAACUACAAGGCCAACUAACCGACCGGGCAGCAGUACUACAUGGCCUACGAAACCGCGACCGCCAUCAGAAGUCAAUCAACCCACAAAUCCACCAAUGGUUUGGCCGCCGCCUCUCCCUACACAUCCUCCAAUGCCACAAGUUGAGGUCACUACGUCAAGUCCAGUGGGUGGUCCGGGCAGUGGUGGCAGUGCCGAUACCGUAAAUGUAGGAUGCGGCGCCAAGAAUGGCAAUCCGGAUACAGAACGAAUCGUCGGUGGUCACAAUGCGGAUCCAAACGAAUGGCCCUGGAUAGCUGCAUUGUUCAACAAUGGAAGACAAUUUUGUGGUGGAUCUCUAAUCGACAACAUUCACAUUUUAACGGCAGCUCACUGCGUCGCUCACAUGACUUCGCUCGAUGUAUCUCGAUUGUCUGUGAAGCUGGGCGACCACAAUAUUCGAAUUACCUCCGAGGUACAACACAUCGAACGACGCGUCAAGCGACUGGUGCGACAUCGCGGGUUCGAUUCACGAACAUUGUAUAACGACGUGGCAGUAUUGACUAUGGAUCAACCGGUUCAAUUUACGAAGUCGGUCAGGCCAAUAUGCCUACCCACAGGUAGUGAUACGUUCUCGAGAGGAAUCACGGCAACUGUUAUCGGCUGGGGAAGCCUUCAAGAAAAUGGGCCUCAACCAUCGAUAUUGCAGGAAGUGAAUCUUCCUAUCUGGGCAAACACCGAUUGUAGCAGGAAAUACGGUGCCGCAGCCCCUGGAGGCAUAAUUGAAUCGAUGCUGUGUGCUGGACAGGCGGCCAAGGAUUCAUGCAGCGGAGAUUCUGGAGGACCUCUGAUGGUGAACAACGGAAGAUGGACGCAAGUCGGUAUCGUCUCGUGGGGUAUAGGAUGUGGAAAGGGUCAAUACCCCGGAGUGUAUAGUCGUGUCACUUCGUUCAUGCCUUGGAUUACAAAAAAUUCUCAAGAUAAAUGAUAAUUUUAGCAAUUCAAACCUACAAAAUAGUAGCUGUUGCCAUUUCAAUGCGAAAUAAUUUUGUAAAUUAAAGAAAUAAUGUGUAAUUAAAUAUCUGUAUGUUCAGAUGAAAUAA